CGGACUCUGUGGCUGAGAUGUAGUUUGUGUUUGUGGUUGGUGGCGGCGGUGGUUUUUAUUGUGCGUUCAGUGUCUUCUAUGUGGCGCGGUGUUACACGACGAUGUUUCCCACGUGCGGACUAACGGAUCGUUACUCGUCCUGCGACUUGAUAGACCUCUGUGUAGCUGCCUCACGCCUCUGUUUCUUUUUCUUGUGUAGACGUACGAACGUAGCGGCGGUGAUGUGACAGAAUGGCGAAGAAGCAACGCUGGUACAGUCUCGGGUUGCUUUUAGUGUGUGUACAGACGCUCGUGUCCGCGCUUGAUAUGUGGUGGAACCUCGGUGUGCACAGAUUUGAAACUUGGAGGAACCCGCAGUUAUAUAUUCUUGGAACACAGCCCCUAUGUACUCAGUUAAAGGGACUGUCAGCCGGACAGACGCGCUUCUGUCAACUGUACCACGACCACAUGCCCAGUAUAGGCAGGGGGGCCCAGGCGGGGAUAGGGGAGUGUCAGUGGCAGUUUCGAUUCAGGAGGUGGAACUGUAGCACGGUGGACGAUACUUCAGUGUUUGGACCUAUUGUAAAUAUAGCAAGCAGGGAAGCGGGGUUUACUCAUGCAAUAUCGGCGGCCGGCGUCGUGCACGCUGUCAGCAGGUCGUGUCGUGACGGGGAGCUGGCCAGUUGUGGCUGCAGUCGUGCGCGGCGGCCCAAGAACCUGCACAGGGACUGGAUAUGGGGAGGGUGCGGCGACAACAUAGAGUACGGCUACAGGUUCUCGAAGGCGUUCGUCGACGUCCGGGAGAAAGAGAAGAACCACCCGCGCCAUUCCAGGGGGCUCGCCAGGAUGAUGAUGAAUCUCCAUAACAACGAGGCUGGCAGGAGGUCUGUGUAUAACUACGCCAAGGUGGCCUGCAAGUGUCACGGUGUGUCCGGCUCGUGCAGCCUCAAGACCUGCUGGCAACAGCUACCGUCGUUCAGGGAGGUAGGCAACCGCCUCAAGGACCGCUACGACGCCGCCACGGAGGUGCGCUUCAACCGCCGCGGCACCAAGCUGGUGCGCAAGAACAAAAAAUACAACAAGGCUUCGAAGGAGGACAUGAUUUACCUGGACCAGUCCCCCGACUACUGCGAGUCGAACCCGGAGACGGGGUCCGUGGGCACGCUGGGGAGGGAGUGUAACAGGAACUCGCAGGGCAUGGACGGGUGCACGUUAAUGUGCUGUGGGCGUGGCUAUAACACGUUCAAGAGAAAACUCGUAGAACGGUGUAACUGUAAGUUUUACUGGUGUUGUUAUGUACGGUGCAAGACUUGCGAACGGAUUGUGGACGUUCAUACGUGCAAGUAGCAGGGUUUGUAAUCUCAUGACGUCACGAUGACGUAAUCGUUUUGUGCGUACAACAUGACAGACAGACAGACAGACAUACACUGAUACAGACCAGCAAUAUUCUUCCCACAGACAUCGAAGAAGCUUUUUUUAUAUUCAGUGUCAGCCUUUUUUUUUAAAUUGGUGACACGGAAAGUUUGUUUUUCCAAUGUCUGCGGAAUUGCUGUUCAGAUCGAUCGUAUGGGAAUUGUCAAUGAAUUUGCAUCAAGGAAAACAAUUUCGGAAAAGCAACAGAGCAUACUCAAGCUAAAAGACGAGAAACCAAAUCAUGAAAAUAUAGAUCGGUAAAUCACCGUGUAUCCUGCUAACAAUUCGUGUGAGGAUUGGAAGAUUUAAUUUAAUAUGUCCUGUUUAAAAACGCCAACAUCGAGGUGAUACAUUCGACAAACAUUGGAGUCACUUCAAACUCUAGGAUGUAAGUUGCCCUUUGAUGGGUGUUGUCUGGGUGGCUUUACUUCGUUGUGCUUUGAAGGAUCGAGGUAGUGGUAGUUAUUUCUUUGAGGAUUGUCUGUAUCACAGAAACCAGGGUCGUAGCUAACAACUUCUUUGGAGGUGGAACGAGUACAAUAAAUAGUAUAUACUCCCAGAAGUCUCAGCAUUACAACCUUAGGGCUAUAAUUGAUAUUUUCCUUGAAGGAAUAGAUAUGGUAGACCCUUAACAGCAGACAUGAACAUCUUUAUAAUGAUGAAAGGGUAAAAUUUAAAUAAUGAUAUUAUGGUGAUGACAACGGCUCUGAAAAUACAGUUUAUUCAAUGUGAGGUCAAUUGACCCCCAAAAAAGACCGCAAAAACCCAAAACCACAGCUGUGACAUACCAAUGAGAACUAACAGAUGAGUGGGAAAACAUUCGUUUUGGACCAUAUAUUUUGUUGCUGGGUGUAAUAAGCAAUAUUGUAUUUAUGCAUGCUGUCAAGUUUGUAAACUUCCGGACUAGAUGCAAAUCAUUGUGACACAGCUUUCGGCAGAAAAGACGUUGUAUUUUUUGUUCACGGUUUCUGUACAGGCUUCAAUAUGUCUCAGCAUGUUUAAUGGUUCCUUUAAGGAACUGGAACUUUUUGGUUGAUGUAAUUAAGUUAUGUAUAUCGGGAAUAGCAGUGAAUUUUAUUAUAUCCACAGCUGUUUCCCACCUGCACCGAGAAGACAAACCACAUUGCGCAACAGAACACCUGAGAUCGGUUCCGAACCAGUCCACACCGAACUAAUUUCAGAAUCUGGCUAUUCUCCCUUUUACUCGCAUCUUUGAUGCUUCAUUAAGGAAAACUCAAAGCAUUUGGCCCCAAAAGCACUGCUGGUGCCAACUUACUUAAUUGUUACUGAAGAUAUCUGUUCGAAUUUUCUGAAGCCAAGAUUUAAUUUGUUUAUUUAGAUAACCUUUCUACAUUGUCGUCGUUUCCAGUGAAUCGUUUCCAUACUAGAAAUUCUUGUAUUUAGGCACUAUGCUUAACUGCAUUUUUUUUUCUUUCUUUAAGAGAAGAACUAUUUUUAUUACUAGAAGUGGGGAAAGAAAAAUUAUCUUUCCCUAUGGAAGCAAAACAAAUCCAUUUCUUCCCCAAGAUACGUUUUGACGUCGUAAUCAGUGCUUCAGUUUAGGCUUUGACAUCUUAGUUUCCAUGGUGGUAGUCAUGUCAAUAACUAAUUUACGUCAUCAGCGAUAUGUACGUCACAGCUAUGACGCAACGCUGUGUCGUGUUCUCAACUUGCAAAUUUGUUUUCAAUAACAGUAUCGUUUGGAAAUCUUCCAUAAAAUUAUAAAGAUUGAUAAUGGGUAAUAAACAAAAUACGCAACUCGCUACACGGCAGUACCGUUUAUCUUGCACCCGGGAAAGCACAACAUCAAUUUACUCGUGCAAAAUAAAGGGUAUUGCCUCGUAGCUUGUUGGGUAUUCUCUAUGUCCAAAUUUAAGCUGUGGUCAUAAAAGCGGAAAGAGACAUUAUAGGGUUGUUGUUUUUAAAAGAAUGUAAUUACUACUUAUUGUCCAUAAUUGUAUUUGUCACAAACAGUGCAUACAGAAUAUUUGGUUAUCGCUAAAGAUCUGGUUUCACCCAUAUUUCUGCACAUUUUCAUGUUCCCCAUCAAACGUAAGGGAUAUUGUAGUGAGAGGCCAUUUCAAACAUUUUAUUUAUAUUUAAGCUUACUUUUUUUUCUUUUUUUUAAAAUUAUUUUUUAAAGCCAAUGACUUGAAGACAGGGAUGAACUUAAAUACGAUAAUUUACGAGAACGGGUAGGCUUCAUUACAACAAUUAACAGUAGAAUGGAUAGUUAAAUACUUGGCCCAUUAAAAAUAUAAAUAUAAUAUAUUAAAUAUUAUGUCAGUUUAUCUCAGGUUCGUUGUAGCAUAAUAUCGGGGGAAGGGUAGUCUAUUUUGAAGAGUUUCUUUGUUUGUCUAGUAAAUUUCAUUAAAUGAUAGUAUGGAGUCGGUAGGGAUGGUGUUAAUUCUUCUGAUAUCUCGUUUCUUUAAUGUGUGGUUUGGUUCAGCGGUAGAACUCGAGUAGACGAUAUAAAAGUAAACUAGAAAUCAGCGUUCGACAAUCGAUAGUGUUAAAAACUGCUGGACAUGUGUAUUCUAUAAGAGAGUUUUUGUUUUGCCAGGGCUUCUAUAAUACGGUAGACCGACGCCCGUGGCUAGUGCUUUACACCGUCGGGCAAUUAAAUACUUCCAAUGGCGAAUCCUGGCGGCUAGUAAAAAAAAAACUUUUGCACAUAAUUUACUAUCGUUCGAAAAUAUUCUGUCCAAAAACAAUACUCUUGAUGGUUUGGGAUGGGGGGUUGUGAUUUUUAUUUUUAUUUUUUAUUUUUUUUAGAAAAAUAACAGGAUUGUUCUAAAAUCAAAGAAAAUCUGUAUAUAUUUGAGUAAUAAUGAGAUAAUAAAGAGAGGACCUUAAUUCCCUUUGUAAAAACAAUGAGAAUAAAAUGUUAUCUUAUAUGAAGAAAUAAGUAAAUAUUUAUAGUAAUAAUAUGAAUAUCGAAUAAAUUUGUUAGUAUACAAAUUGUGUAGCAUUUUGGUGAAAGGAACAUUUGAACUCGGGAUUAUCCAAUGUAUUUCAUCUCAGAGGUAACAUUGGUUGUCAAGUAUAUAACUGACUUAAUGCUUCCAGUGUCUUUGUCGUAUGCUAAUUAGUUACUGUACCGGUAGAUCUAAUUUUUGUGAGAUUUUAUGUUCCUUUUUUUUUUAUACUUAAUCUAAUAUGUAAAUAUUCAUAGCAUUUUAAGGACAUGCUAGAAUAUUUAUUUACUUUGUGAUAUAUUGUUGUAAGUUGGUAUUGUUUAAUAGGAAAUGUGACGUCAUAAUAAAUUAUAUUAAUAUGACGUCAUAAUAAAGUAUAUGUUAAACCACGACAGCACAGCAUUUAGUGUUAAACAAGUCUGACUACUUUAUUUCACAAUUCUUAAAGGUUGGGUCGCACGGUAUUUGACCUACUAAAUGGUUUAACAGUAAUACCUGAAAAUAAUAUAUACAUUUACAUUGUCCUGAAAAGUAGUUUAUUCAACCAGGUACAUAAUCUUCAUAUCUCAUUUGUUGUCGAUAUUGUGUUACAUAUUUGAAAUAUGGCUUUGUAGUGAUACAUGUAAAACAGGUUCAUUUUUGCUAUCGCUAGCUGUCAAGGUUUAUGAUAGCGGGUGUUUACUGAAGAGAAACAUAAACACCGUGCAUAUUUAAACGAAUUAAUAUCUAAUAACAGUGCAUAUAUUAAUUUAAAGGCGCUAUCUCACAGUUGCAUAAUGGCGGCUUCCUGCUAACUUUUUAAAAAUUAAUUUUUGUUUUCAAAUGUAAGCUUUUCACCUUAAUCUAUAUAUACAUAGCGGUAAAAUAUUUCAACUAAAUAAUUUAAUUCACUUGUAGAAAAAUAUGUUUGUUUCUUCAGUGGGCAACCGAUGGAAAUGUGAGCGUUCGUUUGAGGCGAACAUUUCGUCACGUUAUGUCAGGCGGAUGAAGCCGACAUAUGUAUUGUCUUUGUGCAAUUCAUCUGUCCCUGCCAGACAUAUCCAGCCAACUUUCCAGAUUUGUUUGGAUUACCCAAUUUCAUAACAUUUGUUCCCCAGUGAUAAGACAGGAAUAUUAUCAUACUGAACGCGACUUAGUCUAAACGGCGUAUAAGCAUUACAAAUUCGAUAUUCCUCACUUAUUUAUUCGAUUAAUUUGCAGUCACUUGUUUAAAUUUAAAAACAUUAUUAAAAAACUUCUUUUUUUUAAUAUUUUUUUUUUAGCAAGUUAUGGCACAUGUAACUGUGAUAUAGCACCUCAAAUGCUAGUCUUAGCCUAUCAACUGUCAUGACGUGGUUGGCUAACUCGACAGUUGUGUUGUAAUCCCCCCCCCCCCCCCCCCCCACCGUAGAUUUCAACGAAUACGCUCAGUUUAACGACUAUUCGGUUGUAGGUGUUGUAUACGACGAGCAUCGAAUUGUCAGAGUGCUCAGAUUAGCAACUGGAUAGUCGUAGAAGUCGAAAGAUCGGCGAGUUGGCCAGCUCCGCCGUGACAGUUCGUAGUCUGAGCCUAGCAUAAUUUAUAUAAACAGUGUGACUCUCCCUUUAAACGGCAACUACCGUGCGGCGACUACGCCUUUAAUAAAUAUACGCAAUGAAACUGAAUAUUUCAGGUUGUACAUGAUAAUCGACACAAUAUUACGAGUCUUUCGUCUGGGGCACUUUUGAACUUUUUUUUAUUGUUGUUAUAUGUUUUGUACAUACACGUGAUGAUAAUUAUUAUUUAAGCAUUCAUGUUCAUCGUUUAUUAUUUUCAUCUUGUUCAUUCAUGUACAUGUAUUAUUUUGUUAGAGUAAAUUUUGUUUUCCGUAUAUAUAACUCUUUUUUUCCCUUCUUCUUCAAUCACAACAAUACAGACAAUUUUACAACUGGUAUUUAACAUGGAAUGUGUUCAGAAUUCAAUAAGCGUUUGCUUGAACUCCUAAUUCAAGGGAGAUAAUAGUUAAUCAACUUAAGUCUGUAUUAGCACAAAUAGUUAUUAUGACCAUCAGAUUAAAGUACUACUUACUAUAUCUUUUGUGUUCAAACAAUAUCUUUUCGAGCCAGUAGAUACUGUAGGUCAGAUCCGGUUAGUAACAGUGGCGGAUCGGGAGGGGGUGUCUGUUAUGUAUGAGCAUCAUCCACUGGGCUGUAAGUUUCCUUAUAAAACUUCUGUGUACAAAGCUAAUCAGGCGCGAAUUUUAGCAUGGGGAGAUUUAGACCGUGGUGAGCGAAGUUUAUAGGGGUGGCGGGGUCGGGUCGAAAUAUGUUCCCCUGGAUUUUUUUUUUUUUUUUUUUAACUAUUUAUUUAAGAAGGAGGGAGGUUCGACCCCCACUCCCACCCUCACCCCUCGCACAAGCGCCUGCGAAUGUAUAUAUUCGUCCUGGACCCAGUCAUUGGCGAUGUCUGAAACGGACGAGGACAACGACAAACCAAAAUAUGCAGUCACUAGUGAGGUCUGAGUCCGUGAACCUUCAGUGCAUGUAUUUGCGGGAUAAAAGUGUACCCUACCUUCUGAUCUACCCUACGAAAAUACGAGCCAUUUAUCAAAGUAAACGAAAGGAAGUAUAUUGUUUUAUCUAUUGGUUGGUCAAGCAAUUUCUUGGGCAAAAAAGCCAUUUAUGUACGUGGUUUUGUAAAUUUUGAAACAAAUUGGUGGAUAUAAUCAAAGACCAGAAAAGGGACAAUGUACUUUGAAGUGUUUUAGGAUAUUACGUAGUUAGCCCGUUAGUUGUAUAUCGAUUUUAACUAUAAUAGAUUCUUGCUUACUUGAUGGAAACACUGCUGUAAGUCUUAAUUUUGCCUAUAAGGAUUUUAAUUUUUGAUUUGUAAAUUUUAUUUAUUUAAAAAAUGUUUGUUAUUUGACAUUCAUUGGCCUGAAUUGUUGUGACUGAAUUUUGUUGAUACCUAUGUUGAAUUUUACGUCAUUUGUUUGUUAUAUAUAUUUGAUGUACAUGUAUAUGAUAUUUUAGUAAACGCAUUAAAUGAUGUAAUAUUAUUUUGAGAAACAAACUUAGUGCUGUUUUACAAUAGACUGAAAAAUAUCAGUUUUAUUCAACAAAGAAUGUACAAUAAAAACAGGUAUUGUGAUCGUCAACGAUAUACAGUUGUCGCAAUACUUUUGUUCAUUUAAAAAGAAAAAUAACCCAUGAAAAUGAUAAUGAAAAAAGAAUAAAUGUUCUGUUAAUUAUAGUGAGAAUAAAGAACUCAUUGUAGUUGCAGAAAAGCUGAGGAAAUUCAGCAAUUUAUUCGGCAAUUCUCAGAUAUGUUCGGUAAUACUCGGGUGUGUUCGACAAACCUGGUGUGUUCGUCAUUCAAGUGUGGGAUUACAGAUAGGCAUUUGUUUUUAUUGUAUCAUAUGUUUUAAAAUUCAGCCUGUUGCGGAUACUUACAUUAUUAUAAUUAAAGUAAUCUGAAUAAAAAGUGAUAAAUGAAAUACUACUCUAGGCUUCAAUACUUCGAUUAUCAUAGGUGAAUAAAGCUAAUACUGGUAUUACUCGUUCCAUUGCUGUAGGAAAGAUUGUGAUUAGCAGAUCAUUGUGUCGCAUCAUUUGGCUUUAUUCAAAUUCUACACAAUUAAAGCUAUUUCUUACGUUUAAAAAAAAUCAGAAAUAUUUCUCUGUCAAAAACAAUUUUCUAUACUGAAUGUUUAUUUUCGCAAUACAUGUGAAAAAUAUUCGAAUAUAUAAAUGAAAAGCACAAAAUUAAGUGUAACAUUUUGUCUGUAAUAUUUAUAUUUUCUUCUCUUUAGCAAAAAAAAUAAAAAUGUAUUAAAUAUUUUUUGUCACUGAAAACAUGAUUUUGGUCUUUAAUAUUUGUUAUCCCUAAAUGUAUUCCUUUGUAUCCCUUUGUAACGACUAUGUUUGGUUAUGGCAGACACAAUUCCAUUGUAAAGAAAGUAAUAUAAAUAAUAUUAUUGGAUGUAUUGUAAAUAAACUAGAAGAAGGGAUAACAGGGUCUGUUUACAUAGCUUUCGAUUUUGCCAAUAAUCAUGGGCAUCCACAGAAGUUAGGGACUAUAAAUGAUAAUCUAUGGCCAUACACGAACAAAAAUAAUGCAAAAAUCAAAACAAUUUAUAUAAAAUACUAUUCAUGUACCUUAAAUUCCUGUACUAUGAUAGUAGUUCCUUCAUUGUCGUUAGGUGACUGUCGAUCUGAAUAAUUAUACCUUUCUCAACACUGACGACUGGCAAAGGCUUGUAGGUAAAUACAUCUACCAACAGUUUGAUGGGGCAGAGGCUUGACAAUGGGGUCUCAAGGAUAAGGCAUGAAAAUCAUGUUUAGUGAUGAUGGGAUACGUUUCGGGGGAGUGUGAAUGACUUGGAGUGCGGGAGUGCACAGUGCUCUCUCUCCCUUCAUUACAUCCACUGUGGCUAACCAAACGGGGAAGAGCGUCUUCUUUUAUUUUGGCUUUAAGCUCUUUGGGUCUCUGUAUCUAGACACAUGUUUAUGUGGCGGUGGGGGGGGGGGGGGGGGGGGGGGGGGGGGGGAGUUCAACAUUUGUUCAGUUUUGCGUUUUUUAAAAUAUGACCAGCGGCAUUGAAACCUGGAAGUGACUCGGGAAUCAAAAAAAAAAGAAGAAAACAAUACUUUAGAAUGCCUGUUGGUUAAGGAUUGCUGAACAGAGAGAGAAGUUAUUGGUAUGAUCCAAAGUCCAAGAGACUGACAUACAACUACUACUUACGCGGUCACACUAAAUGUUCGUAAAACUCCGAGUAUAUACGAAAAUACAACAAACAUAAGUUAUUAUUUGGGGGAGGUUCAUGGUGUCGGCGAGUCUUCGGAUCAUUGACAUAGUCAUGGGUUUAUGGGGUCCCCCAAACAUGUUCUUUUUUAUAUUUUUUAUAUAUUUUUUUUCUUCUUCUUUUGUAUUAUUUUGUUUUAGCGCUACUUUAUAUAUUGGCCUAUCUUGCAAUCCUAAUAUGCCAUUUUAGGGUGAAUGUUUGUUUGGGGAUCCCCAUCAAUAUAUUUUACACCUUCCAAUAACUAGGGCAAAACGUUUUAAACGAUUUAUUAAAUUUAUUAUUUAAUGAAAAUCACAUAUUUCUAGCGGUAUUACGUGUGUUUAUUUGUCAUUCUAAGCACUGUGAACUCAUUUCCUUUUUGCUUCUUUUUGGUACACUAAACAAGAGUGCCCGGUAUUCGUAACGCCUAUUAUAACAACAGUUUAUACUUUAGAUUCCUUAAAAAAAACUACACAAGUGGUUUAAAGAGUUCGGUCCUCUAUUUCGAACUGAUUGAAACAUAUGUUAUUGCUUUUGACAAACAACUGGACUAGGCACAAGUUUUUUUACUUCCUAGGCCUCCUCCACAAGAGAACUAUCAGGGUAUGUCAAUCACAGAGGUGUAAAUAAAAUCAUUAAAACAAA